AACAAUAUUAAUACAGUGGUUUUUUUCUGAUGUUUAUUGUCCAGAGGUUGUCCCAAACACUCAAGAAUAUUCAACACAAAGAAGUCAAGCACCAGCUAACAGUACAGUCAAUAUACCCCGCCCCUGCUCCAGGUUAUUACGAGGGACCUCCAGUGAUGGCACCCCCUAUGUACACUGCUGCUCCCCCUCCUAGUAGCCAACCUGGUUUUCUCGAGGCCUGCCUGGCAACUUUAUGUUGUUGUUGCCUCCUAGACUCUUGCUGCUGGGAUCCGUUCCUCUGCAUCUAGUUUUUUUUUUUUUUUUUCCCGUACAACUACUUAAAUGGCAGCACUAGUAUUCACUUAUGAUCUCUCAUCUUUUCUUCUUAUUAUCCAUAGGCCGUUGCCCUUUUUUUUUUGGGGGGGGGGGGGGGGUGUCAGAAAAAAGCAGUUAUGUUACUUAAACAAAAAAAUUAGUAUGCAGGGAGUGAUAUAGAUGGUGCAGUUACAUAUAUAGUUGUGAGUUGUGACUAUGUACAAUGAACCGCUGUCCUCAGUGUUGUUCAAAGUGAACAAGUAGUUGGUACUACUUUUGAUCUCUUUUUUGGUUUUAAUUGUUCACGAGUGACCAGACAAAAGGAAUGUAAAAAUGAUGAAAGUAAUGGAUUUUCA